AUGCCUGAGCGUGAUCUGGUCGAGUGGCUGGCCUUGGCUGUUGCGGUGACGGGCGUGCCCACGGUCAUUGCCCUUUUGAGUGGGGCAAGAGCUGCCUACGGGCGUUACGUUGACGAUAACAAGGGGCUGUAUGGCUUCAACAUGAACGGCAAGCUGGCCUGGAUCAUUCAGGAAUCGCCGUGUCUCUUCAUGGGCUUUCUCAACCUUUGGAAUUGCCAUGCCAAUGUCAUCACCAACAAGCCCAACGCCCUCCUAUUUGCCUUCUUCAUCUUCCACUACGUCCAUCGCACCCUUGUUUUUCCCCUCUUUCUCAAAGGCAAAGACACCCCCGUGCUUAUCAUGCUCAUGGCUUUUUUCUUUUGCACGAUCAAUGGAUACAUUCAAACGGCCUGGUUGACGCGUGUACAAGCGUAUGAUGAUGCCUACGCCACCAGCCCUCGAUUCAUCAUUGGCAUGGUCUUGGCUGGACUGGGAUUGUUUGUCAAUUUGCAUUCAGACUAUACCCUGAUCUACCUGCGCAAACCGGGCGAGAAGGAUUACAAGAUUCCGCGCGGUGGUAUGUUCGAGUUUGUUUCGGGCGCCAACUUUUUCGGCGAGAUGCUGGAAUGGGCUGGUUUUGCAAUUGCGGGAAAUGCCCUGGUGCCGCUGUCCUUUGCUCUCUUCACGGCCUGCAACAUUGGCCCCCGUGCCUUGCAGCACCACCAGUGGUACCUGGAGAAGUUCAAAGAAGAAUACCCGAAGCAGCGCAAGGCGCUCAUCCCGUUUCUUCUCUAA